AUGGAGAAGAGAGAAAACUACAAGUCUGAAUGGGUUUCAAAAGAUUUUGCCAAAGAUCAUGAAGAAGAGAACGGGAAAGCUGAGAGAUCCAAAUCUGCUACACAGAAAAACAAUAAAUCCAAAAGAAUGGAGUUUAUUGGCUGGGGUUCCAGAUCUCUUAUUGAGUUUCUUGCUUCAAUGGUUAAAGAUACUAGUGUGACAUUAUCACAGCAUGAUGUAGCUUCCAUUGUAGAUAAUUAUAUCAAAGAAAAGAAGCUUUUUGAUCCGAAGAAUAAGAAAAGAUUAACAUGUGAUGCCAGUUUACAACCUCUUUUUGGGAAGAAAAUAAUAAAUAAAAACAGAAUAUAUAAUCUUCUGGAGUUGCAUUUUACUGAGAACCAAGAUGAAUCCGAAGAGGAUGAGCUUGGGAAUGAUUCAGAGGACAACGAAGGCAAAACCUUGGUUGCUUAUAAAAGGCAGAGAAAGCAGGAUGCAGUGAAGUACUCCCAGAAAGAAGGAAAAGAAUAUGGUGCCCAUCGAAUUUAUUUCGCUUCCAUUAUAACUGACAAUAUAAAGCUCAUCUACUUGAAGAAAAGCUUGCUACUUGAGCUAUUUGGGCAACCUGAAUCAUUUGAAGAAAAGAUGAACUUUUGCACUUUAUUGCACAUUGCAUGCACCCUUGAUAGCCCUGUGCAUGAUUAUUCCAUGAUAACUAAAAUUCAAGAUCUUGAAAGUAAUGGAAUAAAAAAGGAUUCAAUUGUAGAGAACAAUACAGAGAUCAUCCUUCAAAUUUCAUCUCCGUUAAAAGGAGAUAUUCCCAUGAAUCAUAAACUCAUAUCUUUAUUCAUAAAGGAUUCACAAAAUUCAUCAAAUUAUUGA